CUAGACGUUGAAAAAUAAAAGGAAAAAAACACAAACUUUUUAUCUGAACAUUUUUUUCUCGAAAGAUUCGAUUUUUACCGUGAUUCAAAUAGUUAUGAAUCGUAAUUCCACCAAAGGGUUUUCUUUCUCACUGUAGUGGUAGUGGAUAUAGCUAGGGUUUUAGGGUUGUAUGUGGUAGUUUGUUGAAGAAAGCAUUGUUUUAUGAAGUGGGGGUUUCUUGAAAUUUGAUGCUGAAUCAAGGGGAGUUAAUAAUCUGGUUAGCGGGUGAAGAAAUUAAAGGUGUAAAAAGAUGAUUCAGCUGCUGUUCUUAGUUCUGUGCGCGGAGGGUGCUGUGGCAUUCCUUCUAAUGGUGAAGAUUGGGCCUCUAAGGGAGCUGGUGAUGAAGGGGUUGGAUCAGGUGAAAAUGAGGAAGGGGACUGUUUUGACUAUUGCUGGUACUUUUUCUGCUAUCCUCCUUUCCAACUUUAUUAACAUUGUGAAGAUCCAGAACAAGGGUGCUAAGCUUGGUACUAUGACACCCAUGGAUCAAGUACUUUGGAGGACCAACUUGUUGGAAGCUACUCUCAUGGGGUUCUCUCUAUUCCUUGGAUUCUUGAUUGACCGCAUGCACCAUUAUCUUCGGAAAUUGGUUGGGUUACGAAGUAGUGUGGGGACGUCAAAGAAUGAAGUCGAAAAGCUUGAGAAAGAUAAGCUGUCCUUCAAGGAGAAGGCCGAAAAAGCUGAAGAGGAAAUCAAGCGACUGCAAAGAGAAAUCUCGAGUUUAAAGGAUAGUUUGAAGAAGGCUAAAGUAGAAUGCGAGGAGAAAGGCAAAGAGGUUGAAACAGCAGAAGCACACGUUGCUGCGCUUCAAAAACAAGCUGCAGAUCUACUUCUGGAAUACGACCGGCUAUUAGAAGACAACCAAAACCUUCAGGCCCAAGCACUCGGUGGUCAUCGGAAUUAAGACUUUUUUGGUGGCUGGCCAUGCGGAUGAGCUGGCCGGGCUACGCCUUCUUGGGUAGAGAACGAAUUUUGAGGAUUGGAGUUUAGGGAUUGUGCUUGGAGGAAAUCCUGUAAAAUUUUAUUCAGGCUAAGGCUAAUCUAAAUCUUGACUCCUGGUAUCUCCUGCUGUUGAUGUUGUGAUUUUAAAACGAUUUCGAAAUUCAAUCAAAAUAUUUGGAUAGC